UUCAUUUAUGUUCAAUCAUUUCUGGCUCGAAAAGGACCGGAAGUUCUGAUCGCAGAUAAAUCACAGUCUCCUGCCAUACUCGUCGGCGUAAUCUCCGACUGCCAACACGAGCUGGAAGCGUUGGAGAAGCGACCUUCCCUUUCCAUUGGUCUUUUUCUCUCAAUUAAUUUUACAUAAAGCGUUGAGAUAUUCCAGGCAAAGACUUGGUCGACCUUGAUUUAAUUCCAAUCGAAAAGCUUCGGUCUUCUCGUUAGGUUCAACAGGUGGCUAUAAUGGGAGUGGAACGUCAAACAGGUGGAAAGAAGCAAAUGGACAUUCAUUAUGUCCAAGCACCUGCGCCAUAUUCGGUGGAAGAGAAUUUUGAAGUAUUCUUCCCAGACCAUGAUGAUCUCACGCUUGCAGAACUUCUUCAGGAUCAGGAAACUGUCUACCAGUCGCUGCAAAAAAAUCCUCAGACUAAUACAGCUAGACCUUCAAACCCUAUUCCUAGGGAAGGUCCUAAUGAUAGACAAAGACAUGGAGAUUCUUCUCAAACUGUAAAUGCCGAGUCUCAGUUAGCUAUGGAUGAAAUUUAUGCUAGAGAAUUGCUGGAGUUGGAGUUGGAGACUCAACUUGCUUAUACUUCCCUUAAUGGUACUUCUGGAGCAGGAACUGGGCCUUCUACGUCAAGCAGUCGAGGAAAUUCCUCCCACAACGCAUCAACUCAGAUUACCAUAGAAGAGGAUGUUGACCCAGAUAAUAUGACUUAUGAGGAAUUGCAAUCAUUGGGUGAAGCCAUAGGCACUAAAAGCAGAGGACUUUCAGAUAAACUUAUAUCCUACUUGCCAGUCUCAACAUACAAAAUUGGGCUAUUUCAAAAAAGAGAGAACCAUGAAGAAUGUGUGAUUUGUUAUAUGACUUACAAGAACCGAGAUAAGUUGAUCACAUUGCCCUGCCAGCAUCAAUACCAUAAAGGUUGCAUUACUAAGUGGUUAAAGAUCAAUAAGGCAUGCCCAGUGUGCAAUGAAGAAGUAUUUGGAUCUUAAAUAUGCGAUAUGAUGUUUUGUUCAUGCUUCUGCCUGUAGCCCUGAAUUGGCUAUUCCAUGUUGCCAUACUCAAUAAAUAUUUGUUAUGAUGAGGUCUGUGCUUGUUGCCCAUACUUGUGGUAACUAUUAAAAUACAAUAUUUUAUAAAUGCUUGUUGUGUUAAGCCAA